AGAACAAUGGAACGGCAAGUACUGCUGCGCGUCUUCCUCUGUAUCGCUUCAGCUGCGGGCCAGAUCAGUUAUUUGAUUCCAGAAGAAAUGGCAAAAGGAUCCGUGGUGGGGAACAUAGCGAGGGAUUUGGGUUUAGACGUGAAACGAUUAAAAUCGGGUAAAGCCCGCAUCUUCACGAGCGACAGCGCAGAGUACAUGGAGCUGAGCAGAGAGAGAGGAGUCCUCCUGGUGAAGGAAAGGAUAGACAGAGAGGCGCUCUGCAGGCAGACGACACCGUGCGCCUUACAUCUGCAGAUCAUUCUGGAAAACCCAAUGGAGCUUUUCAGAAUAACAAUCGAGAUUACAGACAUCAACGACAACAGCCCCGCUUUUAAAAACGACGAGAGGCGUUUCGAAAUCAGCGAAUCUGCGACAGUCGGCUCUAAAUUUGUGCUGGAGAGAGCAGUGGAUUUAGACAUCGGCACGAACGGGGUGAAAAAUUACAGCUUAAAACCGACAGAUCAUUUUGUGCUGAGAGUAGAAAGUCAGGCGGACGGGAGUAAAAAGGUGGAGAUGGUGUUACACAAGCAGCUGGACCGGGAGAAAGAUGAGCACAUAUCAUUGUUGUUGAAAGCUGUAGAUGGGGGAGAACCUCAGAGGUCUGGCACAGUGAACAUUUACGUGACUGUAUUGGAUGUAAAUGAUAACGCUCCUGUUUUUACCCAGUCAGUUUACAAGGCGGUCAUAGAGGAGCAUUCACAGAAAGGCACCAUAUUAACAAAAGUGGGUGCAACUGAUGCAGAUAAAGGAACAAAUGGAGACAUUUCUUAUGCAGUGUCUCCUACAAAUGAUGGCGUGUCUGAUAUAUUCACAAUACAUAAAAAUGGUGAGGUUAUCUUAGUUAGUGAUGUUGAUUUUGAAAAAGCUAAGUCUUAUCAAAUAGACAUUGAGGCUAAAGAUAGUGGUGGUCUUUCUGACUCCAGUAAGAUUAUUGUUGACGUUAUUGACAUUAAUGAUAACAAGCCUGUAAUCAGUAUAUUGUCAAAAUCUGAUACUAUCCCAGAAGACUCCCCAUAUAACACAGUUAUAGUUAUGUUCAGUGUCAGUGAUCCAGAUUCAAAACAAAACGGAAACGUAAAAUGUUUCAUAAAUGACAAUAUUCCAUUUACUUUAACAUCAUCAUCUAAUAAUUUUUACAGUUUAGUGACAGACAGUGAGUUAGAUCGAGAGAGAGCCUCUGAGUAUAACAUCACAGUGAGCUGCUCUGAUGAAGGAGUGCCCUCCCUCUCCAGCAGCGUCACUCUCACCUUACAGAUCUCUGAUGUGAAUGACAACGCACCUGUCUUUGACAGGAGCUCAUAUGAGGCCUACAUUGUAGAAAACAACACACCAGGUCUCUCUAUAUUC